GCAGCGCCCGCGCAGCGCCCGCAGCCGCGCCAUGGAGCGCCGCGUCGCCCGCGAGUUCCGGCACAAGGUCAAUCUGUUAAUUGACAAUGAAGCAGAGAAGGAUUACCUUUAUGACGUGCUGCGGAUGUACCACCAGUCUAUGAAUCUCCCAGUGCUUGUGGGGGACCUAAAACUCGUGAUUAAUGAACCGAGCAGGUUGCCUCUGUUCGAUGCUAUCCGCCCUCUCAUCCCAUUAAAGCACCAGGUGGAAUAUGAUCAGCUUACACCCAAACGAUCGCGAAAGCUAAAAGAGGUGAGAUUGGAUCGAUUGAAUCCUGAAGGGCUUGGAUUAAGUGUAAGAGGUGGAGUGGAAUUCAGCUGUGGCCUCUUCAUCUCCCAAUUAGUUAAAGGAGGACAGGCAGAUAAUGCUGGACUUCAGGUUGGGGAUGAGAUUGUGCGCAUCAAUGGAUAUUCCAUUUCGUCAUGCACACACGAAGAAGUCAUAAACCUCAUUCGUACAAAGAAAAUUGUGUCCAUAAAAGUUAGACAUAUUGGCAUGAUACCUGUCAAAAGUUCACCACAUGAACCCCUUAAAUGGCAAUAUGUGGAUCAGUUUGUGUCAGAGUCUGGGGAAGGAAAGGGCAGUGUUGCUGGACUUGCUUCUUCUGGAGGGCGAGACAAUAAAGAGAAGAAAGUCUUCAUCAGCUUGAUUGGUACAAAAGGCAUGGGAUGCAGUAUUUCCAGUGGUCCAACACAAAAACCAGGGAUUUUUAUCAGCAAUGUUAAGCCAGGUUCUCUUUCAGCAGAGGUGGGCUUAGAGGUUGGUGAUCAGAUUGUUGAGGUGAAUGGAGUGGACUUUUCUAACGUGGAUCAUAAAGAGGCUGUCAGAGUGCUCAAGAGCAGCCGUACUUUGACAAUCUCUGUGGUGGCAGGCGCUGGCAAGGAGCUGUUCAUGACUGAAGAAGAAAGGCAAAGAGAAGCACGUCUCCGUGAGCAGGAGCGCCAGGAGCUGAUGCAUCAGAAGCGGCUCGCACUGGAGACCAACAAAAUCAUCAAAGAGCAGCAGGAGAAAGAGAGAUUAAGAAAGCUGGAGAUUUCCCAGAAAGCUGCAGAGGAAGAAGAGAGAUAUCGCAGAGAAAUAGAGCAGAUAACAGCAGAGGAAGAGAAAUUUAAAAAGGAGUGGGAAGAAGACUGGGGUCCUAAAGAAGCACCCAAGUCUCUAAAAACUGUAACUGCAGAAGUGCAUUCUGCCCCUCCUUCCAAACACAAAAAAGGUUUAAAGGGAGUUGCACAAGACCAACUUGAAACAGAUGACAUGGAUGAAGUGAACAUGAAGCAGGACAAACAGGGCUUCCAGAAGUAUGUGGAAGAUUUUGAUCCGUAUUCAAUGUUUACCCCAGACCAGAUUAUGGGAAAAGAUGUACGGCUAUUACGAAUAAAAAAGGAAGGAUCAUUGGACCUUGCAGUCGAGGGAGGAAUUGAUUCUCCAAUUGGAAAGAUAGUUGUGUCUGCCAUCUAUGAGGAUGGUGCUGCGGACAAACAUGGAGGCAUAGUGAAAGGAGAUGAAAUACUGGCUGUAAAUGGCAAGAUACUAAUUGACAGCAAGCUGGCAGAAGCACAGGCAACUCUAGCAAAAGCUUGGAACAUGGGUGGGGAUUGGAUUGACUUAGUCAUUGCAGCAUCACCUCCAAAAGAAUAUGAUGAUGAAAUGACAUUUUUUUAAAGAAGACUACAACCCUUGAAAUGCAAUCUCUCCUCAGCAGAAACCCGCUGUUCAGUAAAUUAAUAGGAAAUCAAUAACCACAUGAAAUGUAUCUUUAUUGACUGAUCUGUAAAUUGAACUAGAGACAUCAGAUUCUUCAGGAUAAUUUGAAUAAUGUAUUAUCAUUGUAUAGACAUAGUACAAAACUUUUUUUGCAUGAUGAUUGAAAAGAACUGCUGACCAGCACAGUUCAGGCUGUGAGCGCUCAAUCUCUUUUUGCUAUUUUGAGGGGCCAAAUUUUGCAAAUAAUCUCUCAGUUUUCCUGGAAAUAGACUCUAAAAUGACAAUUGAAGAUAGAACAUAGAUGCCUGUUCCCACAUGCAACACUUGUGAAUACACAUUUACAGGCCAGUUUGGGUGUGAAAAGAAUUAUAUUUUUACUUCCUAGAUAGUGAUUUUCCUGGGAAAAUGGUAAAGUUAACUUCUGUUCUCAUAUUCUUGUAGCUCUCCUAAUGUCCAUUUUUAUGUCACAGUUUUGAGGUGACAUCCAUAAUCCUGAGUAUUUGUAUUGUUGGCAAAAAUUCCUCCCUCAUAUAGUCAUGGGUGGGAAAUUUGGGUGAUUCACAGUCUGCUGUUUUGUACUUUGUUGUCAGUGAGCCUAUGUAUGUGACUAAACAGUGCAGGAAGCCACCAAGUAUAACUUUCUGCUCUUGGUGACUCUGUGCCUUAGGUUUGAGUAAAUUCCUCAAGACCAUAAAUUCAAUACCAGUUUGACUUUAAGUGUUAUUAGAGUUGUAGAAUUAGUAAUUAUAUUUAGAGACACCUCAUAAGAAAUGUCAUUGCCCUUUUUCCUUUCUUGUACCUGCCAGUUUGUGUUCUGUUUUUCAUGUUGUGUUUAGAUUUUUCUCAACUGUUAUACUGAGAGACAGUUCAUUGGUAUAUCAAAUUCUCACUGAAGUCUUGCCUUUUCAAGGUUUGGGAGCUCUUCUUUUCUCCAGCACAUAAAAAUAACAAUUACAUUCCUAAGAACUCUGUACUUAUAUGCAGAUGCUUACUUAUGUUGACUUUCUUUAUUUGCAGUAUUCUUCCAGUAUGCCAAUUAAUGUGUGUGGCAGGGUAUAUAUGUUAGAAUAUUUAAAUGUUGAAUUCUUACAGCUAAUCCAGAAAUAAAAUUGCAUUUGCCAAAUGGAA